AUGAAUAUACCGGCAUCAGGUCUAGAUACUCCUCGCAAUCGUUUAAGUACGAGACGACGCCGAAGAUCAAAUAGUUCAGGUAGCAUCCCUACAAAUCGCACAAUCAAAGCAGUGCGGAGUCCACGAAGAGAUGUUUCGCACAAGGACUAUAAUAUACCCCGCCCACCAAGAUUAGCUUUUGAUGUUGACGACCACUGUCCAAAAAUGUCCAUGACACCACCUUCAAAACACGAAUAUACACUGAGCACACUAUACAAAGAUAAUGAACGGGCUAUGCAUAAUGGAGACGACUCGAUGUUUCGUGAUAGGUCAUUCUACAAAGAGAGCAUAGAAAAGAAAACGAGCAUGGGUCUUACGGAUGACGAAGACACGGAAAGCGAAACAUUAUCUUGUGUGUCAACUACUGUUUCCGACGAUGAAAAAGAAAAAGACCCUACUGUCUUCGACCAGGUAUCUCAACUCAAAAAAGAGAUUGAUAGCGUCAAGGAAACACUUGCCGGCUUACAGCUGGAUCAUGCCGCAAUGUUGAAUGAAAAGAAGCAUCUCGAAGUUCAGUACAAACAAACAAGAGAUGAAGUAGUUGCCACCCUUGAAGACAGCAAGGAACUUCUCAAACGCGACGAUUUUUUAAACUCUGUCACGUCCAGAUUGAGCAUAGAUCUCGAAUCAGGUUCGGAUUUCUCUGAUGACGAGAUUCCGAUAGAGUGGAAAUCGGUCAUGGACAAUUGCCGUCGUCAAGCCGAUGAGUUAAAUGACCUCCAAUCACAAAUGGACAAGUCGCGAAUCGCUUUUAGAGAAUUAUUGGAUAUGAAAAGGGAUAUUGAGUAUACGCUAGAAUUGAAAGAACGUGAAUACGAGGAGAAAAUAAGACAAGUCGAAGCUGUUGCUUCGGGCCAAUCGACCAUGAUCAAUUCGAUGGAAACACUGUUGAAAGGUUUAGAAUGCAAAAUGGACCGACUAAUGAGCGAAACGCAUCGUAGGCAUACCAUGGGGCCAACAAUUGGUGAUGGUAAUUAUGGACAUGCAAGGAAGCAGAGCUCUAGCAGUAAUAGCGGUGCUGCUGUUGGCAGUGGUAGCGGCAGUAAUAAGAACAAUAAUGGCAAUGCAGGAGAGAAGAAGACCGUUAAGAAGCAUAAACCGCAACAGAAUUCAAUUAGUUUAUUAAAGAAAGAAUUGGAGAAAAGUGAAAAGAUUGAGAAGAAUGAGAAGAAGAGCGAAAGGAAAAACGAUAGAAAGAGUUUGGACGCGGAUGCUUCCGGCCUGAUGCCUGCAAGAUGUCUAUCGCCUCCGCAGUCUCGUCGUGAAUCGUAUACGAAUCCAAUGCUGCUAAUGACUGAUGAAGAGAUUAUUCGGCAUCAGGCUCGUUUUGCUCUAACAAAGCGUUGGGUUGAAGACGACGAAGUGUCAACGUGUCAACAUCAUCAGUGUACCGUAAACUUUAAUUGGUGGAAUAGGCGGCAUCAUUGUCGAAGAUGUGGCGACAUAUUCUGCAGUACACAUAGUGCCUAUUCAAUGCUCCUCUUCCCCGAUGGCAAUGAAGAUUGGGGUGGUGUGUGGUCGCGC